GUUGUAGUUCCGGCUGGCGGCGCCCGGAAGGACGGAACGGGGCCCCGGAGUCUCGGGCAGCCCUCUCCCUAGCGGAGGUCGCCUUCUUCCUCCGGCUCCCUGUCGUUCCCUCCGGCGUCGCCUUCUGUGAGCGCGGCUUCGUCUGUGCCGCCGUUUCUCUCUCGGGUUUCAAUAAAGUUUUCCUCUUCCCUUGCUCAGAGCUCAAGAUGGCGGCCUCCUGGUCGCCCUCGGUUACCCUGCGCUUAGUGCAGACCCGGCUGAGAGGGAGAUGUGUGGGCUGCGGGGCCCGGGCCGCCGCCCUCGCCCCGCCGGCCGCCGCCCCGGGAAACUCCUUUCGGAAAGCCUAUACAGUUCAGACACCUGAGAUUUCGUCUUCAACUGCUGCUACAGAGGUUUAUUCAAAAGCUUUGGCUAUUUGCCAUGGACCACUGGAUCACUAUGACUUUCUGAUCAAAGCUCAUGAGCUGAAGGAUGAUAAGCAUCAAAGAAGAGUCAUACAGUGUUUGCAGAAAUUACAUGAGGAUCUUAAAGGAUACAGUAUAGACGCGGGAGGCCUUUUUUCAAAGCUUUUUUCAAGGAGCAAACCUCCAAGGGGCCUGUAUGUUUAUGGAGAUGUUGGUACAGGGAAAACGAUGGUGAUGGACAUGUUUUAUGAUUAUGUGGAGAUGAAGAGGAAGAAACGGGUUCAUUUUCAUGGUUUCAUGCUAGAUGUUCAUGAAAGAAUUCACCGCCUUAAAAAGAGUUUACCAAAAAGGAAGCCAGGAUUCAUGGCUAAAUCCUAUGAUCCAAUAGCUCCCAUAGCUGAAGAAAUCAGUGAAGAAGCAUGUCUCUUAUGUUUCGAUGAGUUUCAGGUCACUGACAUUGCUGAUGCCAUGAUUCUGAAACAGCUUUUUGAAAAUCUGUUCAAAAAUGGGGUCGUCGUUGUGGCAACAUCCAACAGGCCACCGGAAGAUCUCUAUAAAAAUGGACUCCAAAGAGCUAACUUCGUACCAUUCAUUGCUGUCCUAAAGAAAUACUGUAAUACGGUCCAGCUGGAUUCUGGGAUAGACUACCGGAAAAGGGACCUUCCUGCUGCAGGAAAACUCUACUAUCUCACAAGUGAAGCUGAUGUGGAGGCUGUCAUGGAUAAGUUGUUUGAUGAGCUGGCUCAGAAACAAAAUGAUUUAACUAGACCAAGGAUUCUAAAAGUGCAAGGCAGAGAGCUGCGGCUGAAUAAAGCCUGUGGAACUGUUGCCGACUGCACAUUUGAAGAGCUGUGUGAGAGACCACUUGGAGCCAGUGACUAUCUGGAACUGUCAAAGAAUUUUGAUACAGUAUUUUUACGAAACAUUCCACAAUUUACGCUAGCAAAGAGGACACAAGCUCGGAGAUUCAUAACUCUCAUUGACAACUUCUAUGAUUUCAAGGUGCGCGUCAUUUGCUCUGCAUCAACUCCUAUAGCGAGCUUGUUUUUACAUCAACAUCAUGACAGUGAGUUGGAGCAUAGCAGAAUACUGAUGGAUGAUUUGGGGCUGAGCCAGGACUCAGCAGAAGGACUCUCUAUGUUUACUGGAGAAGAGGAAAUCUUCGCAUUUCAGCGCACGCUUUCCCGACUCACAGAAAUGCAGACUGAGCAGUACUGGAAUGAGGGGGACAGAAGCAAGAAGUAACCAUCGCUUUUGCUUGAUUAAAACUCUGGACAAAUGAUUACGGCAGGGAGAACUCUUUAUUAUGGGACUUGAAGGAAUCAUUUUUCUCAUAAUUAAUUAUGCACUUUGUGCUCUGGACCAUUUUAUCUAAAAUUGCUGUCAAAGAUGGAGUGGAUUAGUAAGUUAAAACCAUUUUUAUAGGUUUACUUUUUGCCUAUUUAUUUGAUUUUAUUUCUGCACCACAAAAUUAAAGUCAUCACUCAAAGAUUAAUGUAGGACCAGACAUUUUGGCUUCAGAUAAGCCACCUGAAACACACACACACACACACAUACACACACACACACACAGUUAAAUGCAAUGUCGUUCUGAACAUCUCUGAGCUUUGGCUACCUGUUGAUACAAACACAUCUUUUAUGAGAGGGAGAAAAAACCUUACAUUUCAAUACAAAGCAAAGCAACUUUCCGAUUUUAGUAUAUACUAAAGAGAACAACAACAUUUUAGGACACGGGCUUACACAUGUGAUUUGGGGGGGCCAUAAAUCCUACUAAAUCUCGUAGGCCUUAUGACAGCAUAGAAUAAGGAGCAAGGGUGUCAAAUUCUAAUCGACAGGCAGAUCCUGCAAUUCUGAGGGCCAGUAGGAGGACAGAUACCAGGAAGAUGGGCCAGUGAGAGAGUGUCAGGAGGGGACAGAGUCCUGGACACCGAGCAGCGCAGCGGAGUGAACUCUGCUUCACCUGAGGCCAGCAGGACCCCAGUAGACAGGCGGCUCCUUCCCACCGCUCCUGCAUUUGCUCCGGCUCCAGAAUGACACUCCCCACCCUUGCCUCUGCUUCUGUGAUGAGAUGGACUUAAUAGUAAAUAGGGAAGAACACUUGAUGAACCUUAAAUAAAAUCUGACUUGUCCUUCA